AUGCGGUUUAUGCAAAUCCUGAAGGCUGCGGCUCUUGCGUUGGUUGCUUCAUCAAAGCUUUCCAAUGCAUUGGCAUCUACCGAUGAGAUCCAAGAUUGUGACGCUGCACAGUCCGGAUAUCUUGAUAAUCAUAACCUCAGUCCUGAUAUCGUCAACGACCCGGGGUUCGGUAUUUUAUGGCAGAUAUCAACUAUUGGUGGGGCCAAUGAAUUGUUCUUUGCGAAACCUUUGGUGUAUACUCCACCCUCGACCGGCAUUCAAGUCAUUAUUGCGGCAUCUGCUAUGAACUGGGUGUAUGUGAUCGAUGCGAAGAACGGUACGGUAUAUACCAAACGUCAAUUAGGAAAACCAUUCGCGCAAAAAGAUGUUGGCUGUGGUGACGUCCAACCCUUUAUUGGUAUUAUGGGCACGCCCGUAAUUGAUCCCGCUACCGACACGAUUUAUAUGUUUUCAAAGUCAUAUUUGGAUACCUCUGAUAAUGGAGCUACCGGUGUCUUGAACGGCCGAUACCGGGUUUAUGCUCUCGAUGUUUUGACAUUGGCGGAUAAAUUUGGGUUCCCAUUGAUGGUGGAAGGUUCUCAGGCGGACAAUGAUCCUCAGAAGUACUUUAUGGGAGGGACUCACAUGCAGCGCCCAAGUUUGGCUAUGAUCAAUGGUAUCGUGUGGGCUGGUGUGGCAAGUCAUUGUGACCAGUACAACUAUACUGGGUGGAUAUUUGGGAUUGACCCAUCGACACCUCGUGUUGUUUCGCUGUUUUCAACUAUUUCCGGUGCUUAUAGUAUUCCCCAAUCUACUGUUGGCGGUUAUCAGCGAGAUGACGGCGGUGGAGGUGCCGGUAUUUGGCAAGCCGGAAUGGGCCUUGCAUCUGAUCGAAGCGAUCGAUUUUUCGUUGUGACCUCCAAUGGCCACGCGCACGAGAACAAAGAUCGAGCCCGGGAUGGAAGAAACCCACCUGGUACACUUGAAGAAUGUAUUGUUUCUCUGAAAAUUGAUGCGCAAACGAAAAAGCUGAAACCCCAAGAUUUUUUUCAACCAUACGAAUACUUGAACCUCGACAAUGCGGAUAAGGACUUUGGAAGCUCAGGUUUCACUCUCUUAGACCCAAAUACAUUCAGCGCUUCGGGCGUGACAAGGAUGGGGGUUACUGGAGGAAAGAACGGUAAAAUCUAUCUUGUCAAUGCGGAUAAUCUUGGCGGUUAUAAAACGGGAUCCGGUGGGGGUGAUGCGGUCCUCCAGACUCUCACGCCUGCAGGUGGUUCCAUUUUUGGAGGUAUCGGGUCUUAUCCCAAAGAAGGUGGUUACAUAUAUGCCUCCUCUCCUGGCUAUAAUACAGUCGUCUACAGUUUCGGAAAGGACUCGAAUGGGAAACCCGUUUUCACGCAAGUCGGUAUGACGGCGGAAAUCAAUGCCGGGCGGGUAGGAACGGGUAUUCCCACUAUCACUUCAAUGAAUGGACGAGCUGGGACUGGUAUUCUCUGGUUGACAGAUGUUGACAAUGGCCUGAGAGCGUGGAAUGCCAUCCCGAAUGCUGACGGGACGAUGACUAGAUUAAACCUUCCACCGGUCACCUUCGUCGGGAAAUGGCAGCGACCGGCCUUUGGUGACGGGAAACUUUACAUUGCUGGAAGCAACGGCAAGAUUACAUGCUUGGGGGCACCUAUUAACCUACCGCUCACUUGUACCGACCUUGACUUCGGUGAUCUAGUUAUUGGUAAUACCAAGACCCUGAACGUCAAGUGCCAGGCCAAUAUCGCUAUCACUAGUUUCAAGGGCUUGAGUAUCGUACCAGGGCUCUACUUUAAGACCAGCAACAGCUCGGUUACUGGAGUUUCGCUUGCAAAGGGGCAAAACGUUACUAUCCCGGUGACAUUGGACCUUACCACUGCUGGUCAAAAGUUUAUUCCUGGAAGUAUUACUUCCUCCCUCCAGAUCAUGACGAACAACGGGGUUGCUGGCUAUUCUAGCCAACAGCCAGUCGGUUUAGCCGGCAACAUCGUCUCUUCGGCUGCCUUCCUCCAACUACAACCGCUCGAAAUUUCCUUUGGGGGCGUCGUCUGGGGCUCCGAGCAGCAGGUUGAUGGUAUUUUGAGCUCAAUGUACAUCAAAAACAUUGGAACCCAACCAAUGACUAUCCUCAACUACGUUUACACGAAGGAUAGUGUUGAUGAUAUCAACAACAGCACGGAAUGGAUUCGUAUCACGCCACCGGCCACUCCUGGGGACCUUUGGUACCUGAAUGACGGGUUUGAAGCCGAUUUCCCUGCUGAGGGCAGUACCAUCGCUCCCGGUACCAGUGUUGCUGUAGAGCUCAAAUUUCAACCCACUCAUACCGGUGACUUUUCUACCUGGGUCGCGGUUAACACCACAGCUGGAUAUUCCAUUUUUGCUAUGUCUGGGACAUCAUCCACGGCACCAAUUGGAUUGCUCCAGAUGCAGACCUUGGAGGGAGGAACAUCUAACAAUAAGUUCUGGGAUUUUGGAAGCGUCUAUGGGGGAACGGUACAAACGGCUGUUAUCCUCAUCUCAAAUACUGGAGGUUCUCCGCUCCAAAUUACAAAGUCCAAACCUCCAUCCAACCCGGAGCUCUACGCUAUAUACCCCGGUGACGAAUUCACUGAGAAUCAAUUCAUUGCUCCAGGCAAAACGGGAAUGGGGCAUGUCGCCUUCGCUCCGUUCAAGCGAACAAUUAUCAACCAAAACCCCACCCUGUAUACUGAGUACUGGGUUUUAAAUACCGAUGGUGAAGGGUUCAAUGGCCCGUACGAAGUUGCAUUUACUGGUGCUGUCAUCACGAAGCAGGUUGGACCAUUGUUCAAUAAUGGGUCUGCUAGAUACAAAUAUCUCGGCUGCUAUCUGGAUGGCACCAAUGGCCGCAUUGCCCCAAACAAGUAUACAUUCCAGGGUACCAACGAAAACGGUAUAUGUCAGAGCCAAUGUGCAUCAGCCGGGUACGCUUUUGCUCUAUCAGAGUACGCAUACGAAUGCUGGUGCGGAAAUACUGUCCCGGAUACUUCACUAAAAGGUGCAGACUCUCUCUGCGCUACUCUAUGCCCUGGAGAUACGAACCAAACCUGUGGUGGUGAUGGAGGAUACGCUACGGCGUGGUACGAUAGCCAAAGAUAUGAUCCUGUCACAAACCUCCUCGACGGUGUAUACGCGAGACCACCAAGUUUUAUGCAAGCGGCUGGAGGUUUCAGUUUCUACGGUUGCUGGAGCGAUUCUGCCUCCAACCGCUCAUUGAAGGGCAAGGCCACUUCGGGCAGCAAUAUCAACAUCACUUCCUGUGCAACUUUCUGUCAAGGGUACACUUGGAUGGGAACAUCUUAUAGUAAUGAAUGCUACUGCGGAAACGAUCUCGGCGGUGUUACGAAACCUCUUGCAGAUUGUAACAUGCUGUGUGCAGCUGAUCAGUACUCUUUCUGCGGUGCUGGAUCUAGACUUUCUCUAUAUCUUCGGAACGGAACAUCGGUGUCAUCUAGCUCUACCACCACCCAACCGUCAACCACCGUUGGGACUGGCACCACAUCAGCAACAGCUACACCGACAUCUCCAAUCUCAGGUUGGAACUACCUGAGCUGCUGGACCGAUGAUGUUGCAAACCGUUCUCUCCAAGAUAGCAAUUAUGCUACGGAUGACAACAGUCUUACGAAAUGCUCACAAUUCUGCGCUGGCUUCAAAUACUUUGGUGUUGAAUAUGGCUCUGAAUGUUACUGUGGUAAUGUCCUUGGAGGGGCUUCUGCUGCUGAGGGUGAUUGUUACAAGACUUGCACCGGAUCCAACGAAAUCUGUGGUGGUGAUAAUAGAUUAAACGUCUAUUCUGCGAAGCCGGCAAGUACUACGACUACCAGCACAAGCACCAGCUCUACACCCACGCCAUCCUUAUGGAUUGACAUGGGUUGUUACAAAGACUACACUGGUAAUCGCACACUUAUUGGCAAAUCUACAACUUCCACUAGUAAUAACGCGGCUUGGUGCUACAAUUAUUGUAAUAACCUCGGGUUCAGGUAUUUUGGAACUGAAUAUGCCAAUGAAUGCUAUUGUGGUAACGCGAUUGUCGGAGUUGGGGAACCAGUUUCCAGCGGUUGUACCUACAAAUGUGCUGGAGAUCAGAGUCAGUUGUGUGGUGGCGCGAACCGCAUCAAUAUGUAUAUGGUCAAGCCUCCAAGUAAAUCGUCCACGACUUCAAGUACUACAUCGACAACAACGACAGCCUUGACUACUACCUCUACAGCAUCGCUUACUACAUCUUCUACUACAUCUUCUACUACAACAACAACUACAUCUUCUUCGCCGACAACAUCCGCCCCAGCCGGUCCAACGGUCGUUCCGUCCCGCGGAAACUUCCAGUAUUAUGCUUGCUGGACAGAUAGGACGAAUGAUAGAGCUCUUGCCGGGUGGGGACUUGACCCCAAUGAUGCUAUGACAGUGGAGAAGUGUAUUGAUUUCUGCGCGCCGACGAAACAGUAUGUUGGUGUGGAAGAUGGAAGGGAAUGUUGUGGACAGGCAGCUGUAGUUGAAGAGUGUUCAACUCCAUGUACUGGCGCAUCAGACGAGAUUUGUGGUGGCCCUUCAAGACUCGUAGUUUAUAAGAAGGUUUCUAAUGAUCCUGUAACAACUACGACGACUACGACGACUACUGCUACGACUACGACUACUACCUCUUCCAUUGCUACUUCCUUAACGAGUACUUCGACUACUAGUUCCUCUGCCAUUACUUCUUCGAGCGCCACUUCAACUUCUACAACUGUUUCAACUACCCUCUCAACCACCAGCUCGACUACUACAACUACAACCACUACUACUACAGCAACCACUACCACAUCAUCUAUCCCUGUUCCCACAAUUGUAGUUUCUUAUGCUAGUUUCACCUAUCAGGGAUGUUGGACCGAUCGUACGAACGACCGCGCCCUCGCUGGAUGGGGUCUCGAUCCUGGUCCUGAGAUGACCGUUGAGAAGUGUAUAGAUUUCUGUGCGCCAACCAAACAGUAUGUCGGCGUUGAAGAUGGAAGAGAGUGCUGGUGCGGCGACGCUAUCCUUUCGGGCGUCCUCGCAGGUGAUUCAGAAUGUGCAACUCCAUGCAGUGGGGCCUCGGGUGAACUUUGCGGUGGAGCUGCAAGGUUGGCGCUUUAUAAGAAGGGUACUGCUAGUAGCUCUACUACCACUACCACCACCACGACAACUUCGACGACUAAGUCUAGCACACUGACAACUACGAUAAGUACUACGACAAGUAGCACCACGCAAUCUAGCACCCUGACUCCAACUACCAGCGCCACAAGUAGUACAACAUCAAGUACUUUGUCAACGACCCCUUCGACUACCAGUAGUACGACAGCUAUAAGCACCAGUAGUUCCACUACCACGAAGUCUACAACGCCUAGUUUGAGUACUACUUCGUCUACUGCCACGACGACGACGACAACUUCGAAGUCCACAACGAGUAGUACUCCUUCCACUACUCCUUCCACCACUCCCUCCACCACUCCUUCCACUACUCCUUCCACUACUCCCUCCACUACACCUUCUACCACACCUUCUACCACACCUUCUACCACACCUUCUACCACACCUUCUACCACACCUUCUACCACACCUUCUACUACCCCUUCUACUACCCCUUCCACUACUCCCUCCACUACACCUUCUACCACUCCUUCUACUACCCCUUCUACUACCCCUUCUACUACCCCUUCUACCACACCUCCCACUACUUCUUCUACGACAACUACAACGGUAACCACAAGUAAACCUUCGUCAACUACCACAAGCACGAUAACGACAACGGCAAUUACCACAACUACCACGAAGUCUACAACUUCUUCAACAACCACAAUUUCUCAACAACCAUCCGCUUCCACUAACCCAUGGGAGUACUUGGGAUGUUACCUAGACUCUGUCAAUACCAGGACUCUCCCCAAUAAGACCAAAACAGAUACUAGUAUGACUAUUGAAUGGUGCCAGGAUUACUGUUUUGGAACCCUCAACUUGCCAUACGCCGGUCUUGAGUCAUCUAAACAAUGCUUCUGCGCCGAUAAGAUCAACUAUGAUAGACAACCAGGUCAAACAGGUUGUACCCAAACUUGUGCGGGUAAUUCAAUGGAAAUCUGCGGUGGCGCUAGUAGACUUAGCAUCUACAGGAAUAACAACUGGAACCCUACAGUAAUCGCGCAAAACGUCCUAGGCUGGAAGUAUGAUGCUUGCUGGACGGAAGUUACCGGUCGUGCUCUUCGUGGGUAUAUUUAUACGGAUAACACCGGUAUGACCUCGGCGCAGUGUGUUACUACUUGCAAGAGUAAGGGGUAUGCACUUGCAGGUCUCGAGAAUGGCAAGGAGUGUCAUUGCAGUAAUGCAAAUUUAGCGACGGUGUCAGCGGUUGAUACUGAUUGUAAUAUGAACUGUGUUGGUAAUGUCACGGAGUACUGUGGUGGGUCGAGUAGAGUGCAAGUGUAUCUUUCUCCGUGA